AUGGCGCCCGCCAUGAUGACUCCCCCUCGAGAAGCGACGAGGGACAACUGCACUUCUAACAAAGUCCAUGCCAUGGACGGAAUUGGGACAAUUAAACCCCGCGAAUUAAGCAUAGAGAUUAUACUACGCUAUAAGAAAGAACGUCGGGAUGUUGAUGAAUGUGGCGCCCGCCAUGAUGAACUUGACAAAGCUACGAGGACAACUGGCACUUCUAAGAAAGUCCAUGGACGGAAUGUGACAAUUAAACCCCGCGAAUUAACUAACUCUUCGGUAACUGAAUCCAAGAGGGACAAUCAGGCUGACAGACAAGAAGAGGAGCCGAAGAAAAAGGAAAAAUCCGGUGAAGAACAAAAGCUCCAAGAGUUACCAAGCCCAGCUAAAGGAGGUGAAACUUUUCUAAAACGGGGGAAAACGCAAAAACCUCGUAAGAAAAAGAGCAAAGAAAAAGCCCAAAAAAAAACUGUGAGAAAGUUGAAAAAGAUUGUUCGGCGAAGGAUCGUCAAAAUCGAGGAACUAGAAAACACGAAGACAACUGGAGAUGACAAGGAGGGAAAGAGUAAGGAUUUGGAAGAAAUCCGAAGGAAAUGCACUGAUAAACAAUGUGUAAACGAAAAUGUUGGUGAGGAAUUGAAGGAAAAGAGGGAGGAAAUUAAAAACAUGAAGAAAAAGGUCCGUAAAUGUGAUAGACUUGAAAAACAGUGUGCAGAGAAGGAUCGUCAGAGAGAAGAGCGAGAAAGGAUAAUACAAGACCUCACAGAUGAAAGCUAA